AUGGCCGGCUCAUUAAGUGAGGCAGCGAAGGCCCUGGUGGACGAAUUUAAGCGAAACCGACUAACCGAACUGGGCCUCGAAGUUGUCGAGUCCAUGGCCUCGCAAUUCCAAACGGAUCUUGAAUCAAGAUUCUUGAUACCGAAGUGGAUGUUCGAAAUGAAAGUCAUAUGGCAGUCAAUUUCUGAGCUGAUCAAUUUCAUGAAAAUUCAGGAACUGAGGACCGUGUCACGAGCGCUUGAAAAAGCAACCAAACGUGUUCUCCACAUCCUCCAACGCAUUCAUUUGGAGGCUGAAUCUGAUGAAAAGAUUUUUUAUAUAGGGCAAAAAUUGCCACCCAGCGAGUACUACAAAUAUGCCGACUUUUUCCGAUUCAAUGUCAUCAAGAGUGUAUUUGCCAUUGGCCUUUCUAAAUUUCUUCUGGACGGCUUAUUUGCUACCGUCCAGUUUGUGGCGUCAAUUCUACAAAUUCCCACUGCUGAGACACGUAAAAGUGGAGGCAUUUUUCUCGAGUGGGAGGAAUAUUUGGAGGGUAUGAUUGACGUUGGACAAGAAUUAGCCCGUCUAGCAAAAAACUGUGUUAUAUUAGACAAUUACGGUCUGGUUGGGAAGAUUCACAGCUAUAUUUCCACUCUCACCUUCGGCUUCAGUGGUAUGAACUUUAAGAACGACGGACUACGAAGAAGAUUCGAUUCCUUGAAAUAUGACUCGAAGGCCAUUGAAGAAGUAGUGUACGAUUUAAAGAUGCAAAAAAGUGCUGCCAAAAGCAACUCUUAG